GACAGUCACCUCUUUUACAUCUUCCAGAUGGUAGUUCGCUGGACGAACCUCUCAUAGUACAAGAGUAAGCAACAUGGGUCAACAGACUUCUAGGAAAAAGUCGCCUGCGACAGCUAUUACAACGUACACAGUACCUUGUGUAGGUGGUGAAUGCAGCUGCGGAUGCGGCGCUUGGGACAGAAGACGUUACGCAGAGUCGCCCAGCAGUGUGCACAGAUAUGUCAGUGCUGUAACUGAUAGAUGGAAUGGACGAGAGUGCGCCUGCCGGAGACGUAGAUGGCGGAGGCCGGCAUGUGUUUGCACAGCUUAUAGACGUGUUAGUGACGACAGAUUGGCUGCCGUCCUCACAUUGGGAGCGAGGGAUUUAAGACGUGAACUAGAUGCUAUUGUCUUAAAUUCAGAUAAUGAAUCAACCCGAGAAAUUGAACCAAACGCUGAAGUUUACGUUCUCUCUGUCGCUCCAAGAACUGAGACGGAAACUGUACAAGAGUGUCAUAGAAGUGAACUGACCACAGCCAAUGAUGGCUCUAUAAGAUUACAUCCACACUUCCAAGUGGUGUGUGGUGGGGAGCUCCGGGCGCUGCUGCUGCGUGCCCCCGCGUUACCUCACACGCAACAUGCACCCCUCGCACCUUUAGCACCCCUCGCACCCCUAGUGCAACUCACACCCCCCGCUAAAGUACACACACAGGUGGACUACAUCCACUGUCUGGUGCCGGAUCUGCAGGAGAUCACCGCCUGCUCCUUCUACUGGGGCAAGAUGGACCGCUACGAGGCUGAACGUCUCCUCGACAACAAGCCUGAAGGUACAUUCCUGUUGCGUGACUCAGCUCAGGAGGAGCACCUGUUCUCUGUAUCAUUUCGUAAAUAUGGUAGAUCUUUGCACGCCCGCAUCGAGCACUACCAGCACAGGUUCAGCUUCGAUUCCCAUGAUCCAGCUGUAUUCGCAGCACCAACUGUCACCGGACUCAUUGAACAUUACAAGGAUCCAGCUUGUGUUAUGUUCUUUGAGCCGAUGUUGACUGCGCCAUUGCCUCGUACAGAACCAUUCUCACUGCAGCAGUUGACGAGAGCAGUUAUCGUCUCACAUACAACAUAUGAUGGUGUGGAACAGCUCCCUCUACCGGCGAGACUGAGAGCAUUCCUCAAGGAAUAUCAUUACAGACAGCGUGUGCGCGUGCGCCGUCUCGAGCCAGAUGUAUAUCUACCACAUUGCUAGCACUGCCCACCCCGGAUACAGGACCUCAGCUUGAGGUACUGAUAUCCGGGACAAAGGUACUACCCGAAGAGGUAGUUAACACUGCUAUGAUUUGAAGAUCUCUGGAUAUUCAAAAUUCAAUGUAACAAUUUAUUUGAUAAUUAAGACCUGGACCUAAGGAGAUAGAAAUUACAAAUUGUGGAUAGAAGAUUCUACCCGAAGAGGUAGUGAAACUGCUAUGAUUUGAAGAUCUCUGGAUAUCCGAAGAGGUGGU